UGAGCUGCAUGAAUCUUCCACAGUCUGCGGUGCUGAUUACCUGGCUGUGUGUGUUCAUUCUGCACAUUUUUCUCCUUGGCUUAUGACAUACAGAUGUGUGGCUUCCGCCCCCGUCUGUAGUUGGUUAAUUCCAUUACUUUCCCAGUGAGCUUUCAAAUUUUGUGGGGUUUGGUUUUUUGUUUUCUUCACCAGCAGCCUGUUGGAUGCCUGUGUUGUCUCUGAUGUUUUUGUACAAGGAGUAGAGUGAUGUGUUUGAGGGGAAAUUUUGAGAAAUGUCGGGUGUUCCCAGAACCGUCGCUGUUCACUCAGUCCAGCUUUGCAUCCUUCCCACCUGUCUUCAACUUCGUUUCUGUAAAUGCAAUCACUUGGUGUCUGCUGUCUCUAGAUAGUACUACUUCAGCAUCUAUUUCUGCAGUAUUUGUGACCUCCUGUUAUUCAGGGAGGUCUUCGCUGUAAUUUUCCCUCCUAUUAUUUUGCUUCUUCUGCAGCCUGAUGUUUUUGCUGUUGUUUUAUAUUCCCAGCAAGCAUCUUGUGAAUGCUUCAGCCCAAAAUUUAGGUCAUCUCUGAUAGAAAAAGGAAGAGGAAACCUAAAAAGUAAAAAUAAGAUUUCAAUGUGCUUUAAAAAGUGCUUUUUUUUUUAGGGGAGAAAACAAACAAACAAAAAAAAACAUACGAACUCUUCUGCAUUUGACGUUCUGUGUGGACCGGGGAGAAUGCAGGGUGCCUCUGUUUGAUUUCAGGAGGAGAGCUGUGUUAUCUUCAUGUGACCGUGGCUUCUUACCCAUGUGCUUUCCUGGUCUUUUUCAUUUUCACACCUGCUUUGAGCUUUAAUCGCUCAAAUUAUUCAUAGACUUGCCCUGGAAGAAGAAGAGGCUGAACUCUUUCCAUCUGGAGUAGAUGGAUUUACUAUCAGUAAUUGUAAAUGGACUCGGAUGACUUAAUGGUUUUUGUGCUUAAAUUUUUUAAUUCUGUGAUUUCAUUUCUUUUUAAGGAUUCUGCCCAAAGCUUCCCUGAACUGAUAGAUCUCUAUGGUAUAACUUCAAGUUACUUUGUGCAAAUUAUAUCUUAACAUUGGGCUCGCAUCCACAACGUGCUGAUGAUCCCCCAUUGACUGCUGAGUUGUCAAAGAGCUCCGUUUGCACAGGACCAGGCCUGGAAGUUGCAGUUGUCUUUUUUUUUUUUUUUUUCCCCUGUAAUUAUAUACAAUGUCUUUCAUUACAAAGAACCUGAAGACAAUUUAUGAAAUCAGCAGCCACAAAAGUAAUGCGGUGCCCGUUGGGGGUUAUGUAUUCACAUUGAUUACAAUUUAACAAUCCCUCAGCCUGAGGAUAUCUGAGAGGACUUAGAGCCAACUGCUUUUCAAUCCGUGCGUGUUGCUAUAAGCAGCAAGCUGGAAUUGAUAGAUAUCUGUUGCUAUUGCCAGCAACUAUUGGUUCUCUGUUACUUCAGUACCUUAAUUUAAAUUAUUAAGAAACUUGUGAGUCUGUUUUGUUUUUCUACACUUCCUAGCACUGAAGCUUCAUCUGGCCUAGAUGUACAAUGAAUACUUUGGUGAAUGAUUUAGUCCAGUUUCCUCCAUUAACUCAAGAAAGACUUCUUUUCUAUAUUGCUUUUCUCUCAAAAGGAGAGAAGACCUGCACAGCUGGAGUUCACCUGAACAAACUGAACUUGGAGAAGAAUAAGAUGCAAAAUGAGAACAUUUGUGAUUUAGAUUCAAGAAACUUUGUGUUGUUCUGCUGUAGAAUUGUACUUGGUAAAAAUCAACCAGAGGGAACCACCUGUAACCAAACACAUCUUGAUGAUGGAGGGAGCACUACGAGGUGACUUCAAUGACUCAGCUUUGGAGCUGUGUAUUUAGAUAGCCAUCCCAUAUUUCCUCAGUGCUGUCUUUUGCAUACUGUGCUGCUGUUCUCUCUGUUUUGCUCUUCCUAAUUCUGAGAAUGCAAUGAUUUGUUUUUUUUCCACAAGCAGAUGACAGUUUGCUGUCUCCCCAGUGUCUUCCCAUGGUUGCCUGUAUGAGGUAAGUUACAUUCUGACACUAAUGCUGUAUUCUCUGCAGCUACAUGGAAGGGCCACUUCAGAAAUCAGCAGCUCUCUAGCUUCCUAGGUUUUAGCUGAGUUUAACCUUUGGUGAUUGGUAAACAGACUUGUUAAGAAAAUUCAUGGCCCAGUCAUUCCUCUUUCAAAUUCCAGAGUCUUGUCAAGCAAACUCUGCACCCUUGUCGGUCUACGUGUCAGUGUCCCUCUCAUUGCAGUUUCUGGCUUUUCUGUCGGAGAUGGGAACUUAGAAAGGCAUCUUUAGGAUGAUGGAUGUUCUGUGUGGGUACAGAUAGCAGUAUUUUUGGUGCAAAUAAGGAAAGAAAAUGCUCUCCAACGUCUGAAUGUAGAUGCAAAAUAACAGAAUCACAGAAUGGCCUGAGUUGGAAGGGACAUCAAGGAUCAUGAAUCUCCAACCCCCACUGGCAGAGUGAACAGAACCAUGCAGGUUCUUUGUUAAUGCUGGGUCAUUUGUUUCUUCUUCCCUCUGUCUAACACGUUUGAUAGGUUAUUAAUUGAAAUUAGUUCAGCCAACUUCAUGGAUUAGUGAUGUAUUUCAUAGGCCUGUCUCUGGCCAACACAAAUCUUGCAAGGAAAAAAAGAAACUGUUUUUACUUUUUUCUAAUUUCUAGCAACAAGGGGAUUGAGGGCACCUUCAGUAGAUCUGCAGACGACACCAAGUUGGGAGGGAGUGUUGAUCUGCUGGAGGGGAGAAGGGCACUGCAGAGAGGGCUGGGUAGCCUGGAUUGAUUGGCAAGGUUAACUGUAUGCGUUUCAGUAGGGCCAAGAGUUGGGUCCUGCAUUUUGGUCACAGCAACCCCAGGCAACCCUACGGGAUUGGGGAAGAGUGGCUGGAAGCUGCCUGGUGGAAAGGGACCUUGGUGUGCUGAUGGACAGUGGGCUGAAUAUGAGCCAGCAGUGUGCCCAAGUGGCCAAGAACACCAAUGGCAUCCUGGCUUGGAUCAGGAAUGCUGUGGUGAGCAGGACUGGGGAAGUCAUCCUGCCCUGUACUCAGCACUGCUGAGGCCUCACCUCGAGUUCUAUGUUCAGGUUUGGGCAUCUCAGUACAGAAAGGACAUGGAGGUGCUGCAGCAGGUCCAAAGCAGGGCAACAAGGCUGGGGAAAGGCUUGGAGGAUAUGGCCUCUGAGGAGAGACUAAAGAAACUGGGGCUGUUUGGUCUGGGGAGAAGGAGGCUGAGGGCAGACGUUAUUGCUCUCUUCCAAUACCUGAAAGGUGACAACAGCAGAGCGGGGUUGGUCUCUUCUCACUGGUGACAGGACGAGGGGGAAUGGCCUCAAGUUGUGCCAGGAUAUCAGGAAAAACCUUUACAGAAAGGGUUGUUAAGCACUGCAAUAGGCUGCCCAGGGAGGUGGCUGAGUCACCAUCCCUGGAUGUGCUUAAAAACCGUUUGGAUGUGGUGCUCAGGGACAUGAUUUAGCAGGGGGUUGUUAGGGCAGUAGGUCGUGGUUGGACUUGAUGAUCUUUAAGGUUUUUUUCCAACCUGAAUUAUUCUAUGGCUCUAGGAGUAAACCCAGAAACACACACAUCUCUUAUCAAACUGUUUGAGAUAUACACAGGUCUCCUUGAAAGUAAUGCCUCCUUAUUAUUUCCAUGAAAACAACAACAGAUAUGAAGAGCACAAUAACACUAUUUGAUAGAGGAAGAUCUUAGCUGCAAAACAGUCUUUUUCAACGUAGUCACCACUAUUAGCUGUGCGUUUUUGCAAUGAAGAGGAGCCUGCAUGCCAUACAUCAAAAUCUGUGCUGGUGAAGGUGAUCUGCUGCCAGUACUGCUGAAACGCAGCACCCACUGCCUCACUGUGCUCACAUCUACGUUCCACAAAUGUCAAUGAACUUCAUGCUGUUUUUUUUCAUGUGGAAGAAUUCAGUUCCACACCUUUGCUUCAUACGCAUGUCCAUGUCAGCUGUGAUUCUGUCAGCAUGCCCCUCUGCUGCCAUCUGCUACAACAAAAUAUAAUGGACUGUUGGCAGGAAGGCUCAACUACUGCCAUGCCACCAACAGCUGCCUGUGGCAUUGUGAGCCAGUGUAAUAUAGGAGGCACUACCUUUGGAACAGCUCUGCUCAUUGUUUAGCACCAUUAUAAUUUUCCAGCUACCCCUUCAACAAUUGCAGUUGCAAAUUGAUGUGGCUAUAACUGAUGUGGCUUGGAGUGCAGGUUGUGUCCCAAAGGAUGCUCGUGUGCAGACUGCAUCUCAAUCCCAUAGUAACGCUGCAGCUAAUUCUGAUGGUUUCAGCUCUUCUGAUGAGCUACCACACUGCUUUUUGUUUUGUCUUUCUUUUCUGAGUUUAAACAGUGCAUCUUGUAUUUGUUCAACUUAAGGUUACUUUUUACUUUCAGUGCUUUUGUAAUGUCUCCAUUACUUAUGGGAGCUGAGGGUGUUCUUUUUGAUUCAAAGCGUUUGAUGAAUAUAUUUGUAGGCAUCUGCAAACUUUGUCCUUGCUUCAUCUACUUAUUCUGUGUUUACUUUAAGAUAAAACUAUCUUCUCUCCCCUAGAUACGAUGGGUCUUUCCUUCAGCUAUAGUAGAGCUUCCUGUUGGUGCUUUGUUAUUUCUGAGUAAGGAAAGUCUGAUAUCUUUCAGCUCAGUUGUUGCUUCAUCUCCUCUGCUCUCCCAGGGGGUCUCACAUGCACUUUCAGUUCUGCCUUACGUUCUUGAUUUCGUGAUGUUCCCUACUAUUUACAUUUCCUCACAUAUAUCCUCUUCAUACCAUCUGCUACUUUAUGUCUUGCUCAUCUCUGAAUUUGGUAACCAUGCUGCAUGCAACAGCAUGCUACCUUAUUUUCUUCAAAUUUAAUAAAAAGGUUUUAAAACUGUUCUACUGAACUUAGCUCCUGACCUCCCUUCUAAGGCCACGUCUACAAAGGGAUGAUACAUCAACCCAGUCCGUUUGAUCUAAUUACAGCUAUUUAACUAUGUUGAGCACAAGUACAUCCAUCUCACUUUGUUAUGCUGAUUUAAUGUAUUUUCACUGUUGAUCGUGUGCACACCAUCCUUUUUUAUAUCAGUACCUCUCAAAAUACUCUGUGCCAUUAUCCUGCGGAGCGCUAUUCUGCUUCUCAGCUCCACGUUCUUUUUCACAGCAGGCUGACAGGGAAUUCUCUGGAAUGUGGGAAUCCUACAGGUCAAACUGACAAUUUACUAUUGCUUUUUUCUUGGCAUUGAUUUUUGCCUGUGCAACUUCUUCCUCAAAAUGCUGCAAGGUGGCACGAAGAAAAAGCCAGUAAAUCCAUUAUAAGGCUUGUUCCUCAGAGUCUGCAUAAGUGGAAUGGUUUUCUUCUACAGCUUUGUAAGUAGCAAAAACUCUGUGUAGUAGAAGAAAUACAAAAAGGGAAACCAUCAGGUAUGAUCAACCUGUAACUUCCAUGCAGUGUUUCUGGAGCAGCUGACAUGGUGUGCUGUGUCUGGGUGCAGUCACUCACAGUGCCUGGGUAGCACAGGAGGCCGAUGCAGCAGCUGAAAAGCAGGAUGACAGCAUUGCACUCAUGGAAAUCUGCAGAUCUCAGCUGCAGAGGUGAAAUGCAAAGCGAGGGCUUCCCUUAACAUGCAGAAGCCCAUUGUUGUCUAUGGAAAAGCAUUAUUUCUGAUUACUUGUGGAACCAGCUGGGUUUGAGUCAGGGAUGUUGUCAUGGGUUUUUUAAUGCAUGUAGCUGGAGAAGGUGCUGAUCUUGUGUCAUAAAGCUAAUGCAUAAGAAGUUACUGAGAGCUUUUCCCAGGUGCAAACCAUGAAUUAGGCCAUAGGGGUCCAAGGAACAAACGUGGCCUAUUGAGCCAGGAGAGAGAAUUUAUGAAGACUGUGAACAGUAUCUUAAUGCUUGCACAAGGCCUUGCUCAUCAGUGAAGGUGACUUACCAGUAAGUGGAUACAGAACAGUACUACAAAACUUUCUCAUAACAGUCUAGAAACUUGAAAUUGCUCUGAUUUGUACAACAUCUGUAAGAUAUUAAAGGGUGGGUGAAGACAAGGAGCAGAAAGGUGAUUUUGAUAUUAUCCAAUGAGAAAAACCUCAGCAAAGUAUUCUCUUUGAGGAAGACCUGUGCACCUUUCUCAACAGAAUUUUUCUCCCUGUACUUUCUAUAAUGGUAUAGCAGUCAGAGAGACAUCAGGAAACUUUGGUCCCAUGUGGAUAUUUAAUGUCCUAUCUUUAAAUAUAUAUAUCUUCUACCCAUGCUGAUAAUAUUUUUCAUUGUUUCUGCAUCAGUUUUGUUGCUUUAUCAAAUCUUACUGUGAAUUUAGACUAUUUCCUGUCCCAUUUUCAGUGAACAUGAACAUUCAAUUGCCAACAUUCAGCAUAAUGAAGUGGAAGUUUGGUAUUUUGUCCCCCCGUGGUUCUCAGGUCAGCUCUCCCCUUUCAUUUCUCUGAGUCACCCAGCAUUCUCCUGGUUCCUUGUGCUCUUCUCUGUUGGUUUUUAUCAGUUUUUAUGUUUUACUUGGUGCCUAAAACAGGAUACAAUAUUCCAGCUGAGAAUUUCACCAGCACUGAGUUAAACAAGGUAAUUGUCGUGGGUGUCCGAUGUAAAAGAACCUUAUUAAAUAUUUCUGUGAUGCAUUGUCUUCAUUGUGUUGACUCAAAUUCAGUUUGUGAUGCAUUACAACCACUGGCUCCUUUAGUGAGCACUGCCUGCUACUCCUCUUAUAUUGCAUGCUUCUGACUUGAUCCUUGGCUACAGAAAACUGCUGAAAAUGUCACGUUUUCAGGAGGAGGAAAAGAGAUGAGGAGCUUUUCCAAAGGCACUGCUCCUGUGAAGUCCAAGUGGGUCAGCCUGCCUAUGGAAGAGAGAUUAUCACUUAAUGUUUCUUCACAAUAAUGGGUGGGAAUGACAAAGUUUUGUCAUUAAGUUCACAGAAGUCCUAAUAUGAGCUGGAGUAGGAAUGUUUGCUUGCAAAUGAGAAAGAAGAUAGUUACAGUACGUGAAUCUUAGAUUAUACUUCUGGAUAUAUUUUUCCACUCUCCUGUUACUCACAAGUUCUGCAGAACGACUUAAUAAGUGUCCCUUUCAAUAAAUAAUAGUUCUGGCUGCCAGAGUUGAGAUGAAGUGAAGUUAAAAUUGGAAGGCUUUUGAAGAAAGAAGAAAACAACCAGAGAAGUUAUGGAAUUCUGCUUUUGUCCAAAACAGUGAGAACAUAAAGAUGCUAUCUGUGGAUGUGAGGUGUUCUCUUUUGGUCUUCCAUGUGGUUAUCAGGUUAGAACGCUGCCAGAGCCAACCAAACAAAGAAGACACAGAUAUGUUUCUGCCUAAUGCCCCUUGCAUAUCGUUGUUUAAAGAAACAUGAAGCAGUGGCAAGCGAGGAAGGAAUCUGACAGCAUGGAACACGGUGUGCUUAAAAUCACGAAAAACAUCCACUUGAGAAUAGAAAAUCCCAACAAGAGCAGCCAAGGUUUGUUUGCAAAAGAGAAGUAUUGCUAAAGUAGGCGUAUUUUUAUCUGGAGAAAUUAACAGACUUUUGAUUGGAAGAAUUUGAAUAUUCCCGGAGAAGUUGUGAUCAAAAGUCAUUAGCAAAAAAAUAGAAAUAUAGUGGAAACCUUUAAUGGUCCUGCUGGGUCUCCUUUUUGGAAAGCUCUCCGGGGGCCAUUAUAGUGCUGAGGUGAGUUUGGGUGCGAGUGGAGGUUUGGCUGCAGCAAGGGUCACUGCUCAGUUCUCCGAGUGCAGUCUGACAGAUUUUGCUGAGCUCAUGUGUGCUCCAUUGCUGGGUCAGCUUGCAUAUUCUGCACGGUGUAUUUCAUGCUGCUUUACGCUCCUGUGACCCGGAUGAAUUUAGCAGGGCGCUGAGCAGCAGGUUUCCUGUGUAUGCUUCUUGCACUUCUGCCCAUCUUAAUCCAGUUCUGUGCACUGUGAUGCGGUCUGUGGUUACAAAUCAAAUAAUAUCAAAUCAAAUCAAAUAAUUUUUAUCAAUCAAAUAAUAAGACUUGCCUUCUCAAAUGCUGUUGCAUUUUGUGACUUUUUUCAGAAUUUUUUUUACUUACAUAUCUUGUUUAUUAUAUAUAGUUCAAAUUACUGCAGCAAAUAGGGAUUACUAAUUGUAAUGGAUCUUCUUGAUGUUUUUCACGAUGGUAUCUAAAUACCUUUUAACUUUAAAUGUGUCUUCACAGUAUUGCAAAGUCUUUUCUUCUCAGUGCAUUGAUGCAAAGCAGGGAAAUUAAUGGCAAAGCUAUCAAAACUCUCCACUGCAUCUAUAUAUUCCACAGUGACAAAAAAAAAAAAUUUUCAGCUUGUCCCAGUAAAAUAAUUAGAAUCUUCUUCAGCCACCCACCAGGUUGCAGAUGAAUAUUCCAGGCUGUUGGUGUUUUUUUUCCCCGUGAUGCUGAACUGAAGGAGCCUCUGUUGGUCACCAUGCCUUAUGUGGGCACUCACACUUCAUGCUGUCCAUAGAAACAUCAAAUGUUAGCACAAAAGCUGUUGACCUUUUCAGCCUAGCAGCCCCAGCUGAAGGAUUUUUUUUUUAAUACAUAUAUAUAUUUAAUAAGACCUCCUAUUCUGACUUGCAUUCUCAAGUGUAAUCGGGCCUUUUUGUAUAUUUGGUGCCAACAUAACCCUGUAAUUUCAAUACCUGUUUUCAAACCAUAACCCGCGGUCAGCCUUUCUUUUGUUGGAGUUACCUGAGCUAAAACUUCAGCCUUUUCUCGUUAUAGAUUCUUUGCCUUUAUAACCAUCUUAGUGAGCCUUUCUACGACCAUUCCAAUUUUCAUGUAUCGUCCACGAAUAUAAACUGUGCUCAGAAUUUUUUCAGUAACAUCUGAGUGUGCCUUACCUGGCCAUCAGAUCACAUUAUCUCCUUCAUUUUCUGUGGUGUGUGGUCAUUCUGUGACCAAGUAUGCUCUCAAGUCUUUGUCCUUCUCCAUUAACUAAGAUGAAUUCCCGUUUACAGGAAUGUUGGCUGUUAGUCCCUGGGUGAGCAGCCUCACGCUUUGCAGUCUUCUCAUUACUGCAUUCCACCCCUGCUGGUCCAGCCCUCGGAAUUCCCAUCUUGUUCUAAAACGUUGUCUGAUUUUCCUCCAUGUCUUUUCCCCUCCAGACCUGUACAAAUUACAGUUAAAAACAUAUCUAGAGGAGCUGCUGGGACAGGACAGCUCGUGUCCAGCACUGAGAUCCAGGGACAAGGAAGAGGCGCUUCGUUGACCCACGGCCCACCUCCUCGCCGAGCCCCCAGAGCCGCCGGCGAGCGACGCAGCCGCGCGCCCUCCUCGCUCUCCCUCAAAGGUGGGCUGCGGCCCCGUGCCCCCGCCGCCCCCAGAGGUGUCCGGAAGCUCCGCCCGCGGCUAUCAGGGGUACCCCGGGGGCGACUAUAGCGGCGGGCCGCAGGACGGGGGAGCCGCCGGCAAGGGCCCGGCCGCCGCGGAUAUGGUCUCGCAGUACGGCGGGGGCAACGGCCAGGGCUGGGCCGCAGCGCCCGGCGGGGCUCCGCCGAGGAGUCACCACGCGCCCAUGAGCCCCGGGAGCAGCGGCGGCGGCGGCGGGGGACAGAGCCUCGGCCGGAGCCAGCAGCCUUCAAGUCCAAUGGAUCAGAUGGGGAAGAUGAGGCCUCAGCCAUAUGGAGGAAACAACCCCUACACACAACAGCAGGGACCUCAGGCAGGGCCACAGCAAGGACAUGGCUAUCCAGGACAGCCCUAUGGGCCGCAGACUCCCCAGAGAUAUCCCAUGGGAAUGCAAAGCAGGACACAAAGUACAAUGGGCAGCAUCUCGUAUGCGCAACAGAUUCCACCUUACGGACAGCAGGGUCCCAGCGCAUAUGGGCAGCAAAGCCAGACUCCAUAUUACAACCAGCAAAGCCCUCAUCCCCAACAGCAGCAGCCUCCGUAUUCUCAGCAGACUCCAUCCCAGACCCCUCACUCUCAGCCUUCUUAUCAGCAGCAGCAACAGCCUCAGUCUCAAGCUCCACAGCUUCAGACAUCGCAGCCUGCGUAUUCUCAGCAGCAGUCCCAGCCGCCCCAUCAGCAGUCCCCAACUCCAUAUCCUCAGCAGCAGUCCACAGCCCAGCAGCACCAACAGAAUCAGCCUCCCUACUCACAGCAGCAGUCACAGUCACCCUACCAGCAGCAGCAGCAGCAAACUCAGCAGACAGCUUCCUCGGCUCUUUCUCAGCAGUCGUCUUCAUACCCUCAGUCACAGCCGCAGCAGCAGCAGCCUGCAUAUUCCCAGCAACGCUUCCCGCCUCCUCAGGAGUUAUCUCAAGAAUCUUUUGGCUCCCAGACAUCAUCUGCUCCCUCAAUGGCUUCCAGUAAAGGGCAAGAGGAUAUGAACUUGAAUCUUCAGUCCCGACCUUCUAGCCUGCCGGACCUGUCUGGUUCAAUAGAUGAUCUACCCAUGGGUACAGAAGGAGCCCUGAGCCCUGGAGUAAGCACAUCAGGGAUUUCCAGCAGUCAAGGAGAGCAGAGUAACCCAGCUCAGUCUCCUUUCUCUCCACAUACCUCUCCUCACCUGCCAGGCAUCAGAGGACCUUCCCCAUCCCCUGUUGGUUCUCCAGCUAGUGUUGCUCAGUCCCGCUCUGGUCCACUUUCACCUGCUGCAGUACCAGGCAAUCAGAUGCCACCACGACCACCCAGUGGCCAGUCAGACAGCAUCAUGCAUCCUUCCAUGAACCAGUCAAGCAUAGCGCAAGAUCGAGGUUAUUUGCAGAGGAAUCCUCAGAUGCCCCAGUACAGCUCUCCCCAGCCUGGCUCAGCCUUAUCUCCCCGUCAGUCUUCUGGAGGACAGAUGCACGCUGGAAUGGGGCCAUACCAGCAGAACUCCAUGGGAAGCUAUGGACCCCAGGCCGGGCAGUACGGACCUCAAGGAGGUUAUCCCAGGCAGCCAAACUACAAUGCUCUGUCCAAUGCCAACUACCCCAGUCCCGGGAUGGGAGGAAGCAUGAACCCAAUGGCAGCAGGGAGCCAGAUGCACGGGCAGACCGGUGUGCCUCCAUACAGCGGGCUUCCUCCCGGGAGGAUGAGCCACGCAGCCAUGGGGAACAGACCUUAUGGACCUAACAUGGCAAAUAUGCCUCCUCAGGUGGGGACAGGGAUGUGUCCCCCACCAGGGAGCAUGAAUCGCAAAGCACAAGAAGCGGCUGCUGCCGCCAUGCACGCUGCUGCCAACUCCAUCCAGAACAGGCCUCCUGGUUAUCCCAACAUGAACCAAGGAGGAAUGAUGGGUACUGGACCUCCUUACGGACAGGGACUUAACAGCAUGGCUGGCAUGAUCAACCCCCAGGGCCCACCUUAUCCCAUGGGUGGAAAUAUGGCUAACAACUCGGCAGGGAUGGCAGCAAGUCCUGAAAUGAUGGGUCUUGCGGAUGUCAAAUUAACUCCUGCAACUAAAAUGAACAAUAAGGCUGAUGGGACCCCAAAAGCAGAAUCCAAGUCAAAGAAGUCCAGUUCCUCUACUACAACCAAUGAGAAGAUCACGAAACUCUAUGAGCUGGGUGGUGAGCCUGAGAGGAAGAUCUGGGUAGAUCGUUACCUGGCCUUUACUGAAGAGAAGGCCAUGGGCAUGACAAACCUCCCAGCGGUUGGCAGAAAACCCUUAGACCUUUACCGGCUCUACAUCUCAGUGAAGGAGAUAGGAGGAUUGACUCAGGUCAACAAAAACAAGAAAUGGCGUGAGUUAGCCACAAAUCUCAAUGUGGGCACGUCCAGCAGUGCGGCUAGUUCUUUGAAGAAGCAGUACAUCCAGUGUCUCUAUGCCUUUGAGUGCAAGAUUGAGCGAGGUGAAGACCCCCCUCCAGACAUCUUUGCUGCUGCUGAUUCAAAGAAGUCUCAGACUAAGAUACAACCUCCAUCUCCAGCGGGUUCAGGCUCGAUGCAGGGGCCUCAGACACCUCAGUCCACCAGCAGCUCCAUGGCAGAAGGAGGAGACCUGAAGCCUCCUACUCCAGCAUCUACACCACACAGUCAGAUGCCUCCUUUGCCAGGCAUCAGGAGUAACUCAGUGGGCCUUCAAGAUGCCUUUACAGAUGGCAGUGAUCCCACGUUCCAGAAGCGGAACUCCAUGACUCCGAAUCCAGGGUACCAGCCUGGCAUGAAUACCUCCGACAUGAUGGGUCGCAUGUCUUAUGAGCCAAAUAAGGAUCCUUACAGUAGUAUGAGGAAAGCUCCGGGAAGCGAUCCCUUCAUGUCCUCAGGGCAGGGCCCCAACAGCGCUAUGGGUGACCCUUACAAUCGUGCUGCAGGUCCAGGGAUGGGUAACAUGGCCAUGGGGCAGCGGCCACACUAUCCCUACGGCGGUCCUUACGACAGAGUGAGGACGGAACCAGGCAUGGGACCAGAGGGCAACUUAGCAGCUGGAACUCCACAGCCAAACAUCAUGCCUUCCACCUCGGAAUCGGGGAUGUAUUCUCCCAGCCGCUACCCUCAGCAGCAGCAGCAGCAAAGACAUGAUUCCUAUGGCAAUCAGUUCUCCACUCAAGGCACAUCCUCGGGCAGCCCCUUCCCUAGCCAGCAAACUACCAUGUAUCAACAGCAACAGCAGAAUUACAAGCGACCGAUGGACGGCAGCUACGGCCCACCUGCCAAGCGGCACGAAGGGGAGAUGUACAACGUCCCGUACAGCGCAGGGCAGGGGCAGACGCAGCAGCAGCUGCCUCCAGCACAGACUCAGCAACCGAGCCAGCAGCAGGCUGCGCAGCCUUCUCCACAGCAGGACCUGUAUAACCAGUAUGGGAGCACAUACCCUGCUGCUGACCGCCGAUCUGCGGGAGGGCCGCAGAACCAGUUCCCAUUCCAAUUUGGCAGAGACAGGGUCUCAGCUCCCCCAGGCUCCAAUGCUCAGCAAAAUAUGCCUCCCCAGAUGAUGGGGGGUCCCAUCCAGUCUGCUCCAGAAGGCCCCCAGCAAGGCGCCAUGUGGCAGGGGCGCAACGAAAUAGGGUACAGCUAUCCUAAUCGGCAGAGCGCUGGCUCUGCACCCCAGGGGCCUGCUUAUCACGGAGUGACUCGAACAGAUGAUAUACUGCAUUCAGAACAGAGGGUAAACCAUGAGGGACCAUGGCCUUCCCAUGGGAAUCGGCAGCCUCCGUACGGCCCCUCUGCCUCUGUUCCUCCAAUGACUAGGCCACCUCAGUCUAACUAUCAGACCCCUCCUAGCAUGCAGAAUCACAUUCCUCAGGUAUCCAGCCCAGCACCUCUGCCCAGACCUCUGGAGAAUCGCACUUCUCCCAGUAAAUCUCCAUUUCUGCACUCGGGGAUGAAAAUGCAGAAGGCAGGACCGCCAGUCCCCGCAUCGCACAUCACACCAGCAGCUGUACAGCCUCCCAUGAUACGAAGAGACAUCACCUUCCCACCAGGAUCAGUAGAAGCUACUCAACCUGUAUUAAAGCAAAGGAGGCGGCUGACAGCAAAAGAUAUUGGAACUCCUGAAGCUUGGAGAGUGAUGAUGUCUCUGAAGUCUGGGCUGCUAGCUGAAAGUACAUGGGCCUUAGAUACCAUAAACAUCCUGCUCUAUGAUGACAACAGCAUAAUGACCUUCAACCUCAGCCAGUUGCCAGGCCUGCUGGAACUCCUCGUGGAGUAUUUCCGGCGCUGCCUGAUCGAGAUCUUUGGAAUCCUGAAGGAGUACGAGGUGGGAGACCCAGGGCAAAGAACACUAUUAGAUCCCCAGAGGUUCUGCAGAUCUUCAGCUUCUUCUCAUGAGGAAGGGGAGGAGGAUGAGGAACUACAGAGCCUGAACUAUGAGGAGGAAGAAGAUGAUGAGGAAGAGGAGGUGGCUGCAUUUUCGAGCAAGGACAAAGCACCUCUGGAGUGCAGCGAGGAGAAAUUAGUUAGUAAAUUUGACAAGCUUCCGAUCAAGAUUGUGCAGAAGAAUGACCUGUUUGUGGUAGAUUAUUCAGACAAGCUGGGACGAGUGCAGGAGUUUGAGAGCGGCCUGCUGCACUGGCGGAUUGGUGGCGGUGACACUACUGAGCACAUUCAGACCCACUUUGAGAGCAAGAUGGAGCUACCUAUGAUUCACAAACGAGUGUCCUGCAAUUCUGUCUCGAGGAAACGCGCAGCAGCUGAGAGCAAUCCAAGCACUAGGGAAGGAGAGGCUCUUCCAUCUGACAGCUCCUCAGAGAAGAGAAUAACUGCCACCAUGGACGAUAUGCUUUCAGCACGUCCAAGCUCAUUAUCAGGGGAGGAGGAAGAGGCCAAAGCUUCAGAAACAGAGAAGGAAAGUAAGUUUCCAUUUGGCAUUAGUCCAGCACAGAGUCACAGAAAUAUAAGAAUUCUGGAGGACGAACCUCACAGUAAAGAUGAGACGCCCCUCUGCACCAUCCAAGACUGGCAGGACUCUCUGGCGAAGCGUUGCAUCUGUGUCUCCAACAUCAUCAGGAGUUUAUCGUUUGUGCCAGGCAAUGACUUUGAAAUGUCCAAACAUCCCGGGCUGCUGCUGAUUCUAGGGAAACUGAUUCUUUUACAUCACAAGCACCCGGAGCGCAAGCAGGCACCCCUGACCUAUGAGAAGGAGGAGGAGCAGGACCAAGGGGUGAGCUGCAACAAGGUGGAGUGGUGGUGGGACUGCCUGGAGGUGCUGCGUGAAAACACACUGGUCACGCUGGCCAACAUUUCUGGCCAGCUGGACCUGUCUCCUUACCCAGAAAGCAUCUGUUUGCCUAUCCUGGAUGGACUCCUCCACUGGGCAGUAUGUCCAUCAGCAGAGGCCCAGGACCCCUUUCCAACGCUGGGGCCGAAUGCGGUCCUCUCCCCUCAGAGACUGGUUUUGGAAACACUCAGCAAACUCAGCAUCCAGGACAACAACGUGGAUUUGAUACUUGCAACUCCCCCUUUCAGUCGCUUGGAGAAGCUGUACGGCACCCUGGUGCGUUUCCUUAGUGACAGAAAGAACCCGGUGUGUCGAGAGAUGGCUGUGGUACUACUGGCCAACUUGGCACAAGGGGACAGCCUGGCAGCGAGAGCGAUUGCUGUGCAGAAGGGGAGCAUUGGCAACUUGCUGGGCUUCUUGGAGGACAGCCUGGCCGCCACGCAGUUCCA